GGCCGCAAGAAUAGAGCAAGAGAGACUCGGGCCCCCUCAGCGAAAGGAACUCUUUGUCCAAGUCCCCAUUCCUCACCACGACUCUGUUGCUAGCGACCAUGGAUCCCGCGUCGGUGCCGGACUUUGACGACCUACCCAAGGUUGACGGUCAGCCUCAGGGAUGUGCAUGGGGUCUGUUUGAUAAAGACGGCAAGAAGGAUGUUUUCGGGACCCUCAACUUCCUGACGCCCUCAAUCGUGGCCGCAGCGGCCGCCGAGGUCAAGGAUGGAGUCUCCAUCUCCCUCAACUGGCCCUUGAACGGCAUCAAGUUCCCUCUGCCGGGCCGCAAGCCGCCGGUGCACCGGCCCAAACCCUUGAGAGAGCUGGGCAUAGACUGUGAGGGGUGGGACGACGAGCUGGACUUCAACACGCAGUUCAGCAGCCAGUGGGACGGCCUGUGCCACUUCACGCCCGGCGGCGCGACGUACAACGGCCUCAAGCCGACCCAGCAGGGGCUCGAGGUGCAGUCGACGGCCGAGAACGGGCUGCCGACGAUUGAGCACUGGCACUCGCGCGGCGCGCUCGUCGGCCGCGGCGUGCUGAUCGACUGGAAGCGGUUCCACGAGGAGACGACGGGCACGCCGUACCACCCGCUCGACGGGUACCGCAUCACGCCCGAGGACAUCGAGAAGGUGGCCAGGCACCAGGGCGUCGAGUUCAAGCACGGCGACAUUCUGAUCGUCCGUACCGGAUACACCGAGGUGCUGGAGGCGCCCACCCAGGAGGACUUUGCCAAGUUUCAGGCGCAGACGCUGUCGGGCGUGCACGGAACCGUGGAGACGGCGCGCUGGGUGUGGAAUCACCGGUUCGCCGCCGUGGCGGGCGAUGCUCACGCUUUCGAGGCCCUUCCACCGCUGAAGCCUGACGGCACUCCCGGGUCUGUUACGGAGCCGGUCCUCCACCACUGGUUCCUCAACCAGUUCGGCAUGCCCAUCGGCGAGCUGUGGGAUCUGAAGGCCUUGAGCGAGUAUGCGAAGAAGACGGGCCGAUACAGCUUUCUGCUGACCUCGGUGCCACUGAACCACCCAGGCCUGGUGGCCUCGCCGCCCAACGCGAUCGCGCUGUUCUAGGCUAAGAGCCAGCAUUAGGUACCGCUUUGGAUCCACGGUCCUUACUGUCUUG